CCACAUCGAACUCGUUCGUUUUUCAUUUCCCUAAAAAAACCAAAAGAAUCGAAAAUUAAAAUUAAAUAAACAUUUCAUUUUGUUUCUCUCUCUAACUUUUAUCUCCAAUUCUCUCUCUGUAUUCACUUACUUGACGCUUAGUAUUUCGAUUCACCGGAACCCUAAUUCGAUCCCACCGGCAAUUUGAAAUAAUCCGAGAGCAGUUGAAAAAUAGAUGACCGUACGAUUAAAGAAGAGUUGAGUGAGGAUCGACUGGAACGGACGGCCAGGAUUCGUCACCGGAUGGAGGGAGGUAGCAUCUCUAGACUUACUUAUUCUGGGAUACACCCAUGGAUUAUGAUGACAAUGAUUUUCAAAGCCAGAAUCUUCAUUUAGGUGGUGAAGGAAGCAGCAAAUUUCCUUCUGUUCUACGGUCAUAUGCUCUUCCUAAGUUUGAUUUUGAUGAUAGUCUUCACGGAUCUUUAAGGUUUGAUAGUUUAGUUGAAACAGAGGUAUUUCUUGGAAUCGAAAGUAACGAAGAUAGCCAGUGGAUUGAAGAUUACUCCCGAGGUAGUAGUGGGAUACAAUUCAGUUCAACUGCGGCAGAGUCCUGUGCAAUUUCAAGGCAUACCAAUGUAUGGUCCGAGGCCACUUCCUCGGAAUCUGUUGAGAUGUUAUUAAAAUCGGUUGGUCAGGAAGAACUUAUUCCUGCGCAGAGUAAUACUAAGGAGAUUGAUGCCUGUGAUGAACUGGGCUGUAUAAUAAAGCAAAUGGAGCCCAGCUUGAAACAGGAUGAUACUCUACCGGCCAGAGUGGGAGAUGAAACAAAUUCACAGACUACAACACUGCCAGAUGAGUUUCCAGAAAACUUCUCUGUGUUAAAUGAUGGCGAUGUCGGGCUGCAGACUCAAGUUGAGGAUAGUUCAUUGAGCCAUAAAGGUGACGGUUCUGUUGAUGAAAGUUUAGGUGACCUAACUGUUAUUAAUGAAGGGGUCGGAUUACACACUGCUGAAAGCAUUAUGUUGAUUGAUGGGAAAUGUAAUGAUGUUAAUCAAAGAGAGUUUGGUAGUCUCAUUCAUGAACCUUUAGAUAUCAGGAUACAGGAAGGUUCUGAUUCAGGGGCCCAAGUUGAUAGUGCGGUUAUUACUCUACAAAACAUCACUAGAGGCAAUGAUGCAUUGAAUGACGAAGAUGGAUUAAAUAAUGCAAAUAAGAAUACUGAUGAAAAUUUAGAUGUUUCAGGAAUCGAUAACAGGAAGAAUCAGGACAAAGAGGGUCCAGUAGGCCUAGGUGUUCAACAGACUCAGGUUUUGGAUGCAGAAAUGGUUGAAUUCUGUGAUCCUCAUAUGGACAAUCCUCUCCGUGAGGCAUCGAUAGAUUCUAUGGAAGAAACAGACACAAUUGCAACUAGUGCGGAGGAACCUUCUAUGGUACCAGAGGGGGAUCCUGGUUUAAAGAUACUAGGCCAGUCUGAAGUAGAUGCAUAUAGUGUAUCUCUUGUGGCUAUUGAAAGCAAUACUACUGUUGAAACAGUUGAAGGGGAGUACUCUAAUUUGGAUUAUCCGAACAUUGUGAGCAAUUCUAGGUCAUCUUUGCUACCUACAAAGGACAUACAAGCUUCUCAAGAUAAAGUUGAGGAUGUUGGUUCUAGUUUACAAGAGGUAUGCUCUUCAGCUCAACUUGUUAGUGAGAUAAAUGCUGAGGGCCAUAUGUCAUCGCCUACAAGGGAUGGACCUGUGCAAACUAUUGAACAAGAAGUGGUUCCUGGACUGGUCAAUGUUGAUCAAGAUGUUCCUUUUGAGGAAAAAAAUAACAGAGAGUUGCCUUCUGAUGGUAGUAACUUGGAAAGAAGCAUUGAUAAAGCGCUUGGGACCCCAACUUUUGGUGAAGUUAGCUCUGAAAAGGAGUUAAUAGAUUCUGCAGAUGGUGUUAUAGUGGCUUCUGGGAGUGGCAUCCACACAGAUGCAGUUGAACACAAGGAUGUUGAAAUUUCAUCUUCAGACACAAAUGAAAAAAUUGUUGUUGAGAAUUUUGCAGAAGCAAGUUUAGCUGUCAAAAAAGCAGUUUCUGAAGUAAAUACUUGUAAUAUAGAAAAUCAAAUUGAACCUCAAGCAGUAGCAAUUGAAGAAGUUGGCGAGGACUGCACAAAGGAUAAAGAAGCUGGCUCAGGUCUUUUUGCUUCAAAUGCAAAUAAGGGAGACAUUGGUGAAGCAGCGAUAAAAGAAAAUGAUGAUAAGAAAACAAUGAAUGUUUCAGGACCGUCUGUAAACAUUGAUAUUAGUGGCGCUGAGCCUUCAGCAAUGCACGACUCUUCCCAAAAUACUAGUCUAAUCGGUCAGGAGGAAGCAGCUGUCAUUGUAUCUGGAGGUGCGAGUUCAAAUCAGAUUGCUGUUUUAAGCACUACUGGAGGACAGGGGAGUGGUAAUGAUCUUGAAAAGCCAAUUAUUUGUGCCCCUGCUGCUGUCAGAGCUACUGAACUUACUCACAAAGAAGAUAGCAAGGAACAAAUAGAAAUAUCAUUUGAUCAUGGUGUAUCAGUUUCUGAGGUAACUGAUGGCAGUGCCAUUAAAGUGCAGGCUUGUUUGCAGGAUCCAAAUCAAAAUGGCUCUUCGAAAGAUGAGAGCAGCUUCUCUUUUGUUGUCAGUCCAGUGGCAGUACCCAAAAUAGAUGCCAGGAAAUUGCAUACAUUUUCAAAUGUAGAAGUCAGCCGAGCAUCCCCAAUUCUUGAUGGAUCUACUUUAGAUUCUGGCCUAGGCCUACGAGAUACCAAGGCUUCUCAAGAUCUUUCUCAUGCAAGCCCAAAAAUUUCUGAUGUAGCUACUCCACGUACUGGUUCUAAAGGUGUUUCUGAGCGUAAACCAAGGCGAUCUUCAGGUAAAGCGACGGCAAAAGAAACUGUUAAAAAGGGAAAACCUAUCAAAGAACCAGCCUCUGUGAGAUCAGAACGAGGAGACAAAACGACUAGUAUUUCCAUGAGCCCUUCUGGUGUUCCUCAACUUGUUCAGUCCAGUGACAUGCAACGAUAUGGACACCUGGAUUCCAAUAAUGUUAAACCAUUUGUUAUUGCGACAUCAUCUUCCAGUCUGCCCGAUUUGAAUUCUUCAGUUUCUCAAGCUGCAAUACUUCAGCAACCUUUCACAGACUUACAGCAAGUGCAAUUGCGAGCUCAGAUCUUUGUUUAUGGCGCUUUGAUUCAAGCCAUGGCACCGGAUGAAGCAUAUAUGAUAUCUGCAUUUGGAGGACUCGAUGGUGGAAGGAGCAUAUGGGAGAAUGCCUGGCGCUUGUGUAUAGAGAGACUUCAUGGUCAAAAACCUCAUCUUUUUACCCCUGAGACUCCUGUGCAAUCUCGUCCAGGUGCUAGAGCUCCGGAUCAACCAAUUAAACAAAGUGCCCUUCAAAGCAGGGUAGUCUCACCUAUUGCUCGAGGCAGCAGCAAGGGUACCCCAGUUGUGAGUCCUAUCGCACCCUUUUCAUCACCACUUUGGAGUAUGUCAACUCCUUCUGGUGAUACUUUGCAUACAAGUGGCAUGCCAAGGGGUCCAAUCAUGGAUUAUCAGCGAGCACUUUCUCCUCUACAUCCUCACCAAACUCCAGCUAUCAGGAAUUUUAUUGGGCACAGCCCUUCUUGGCUACCUCACGCCUCAUUUGGUGGUCCUUGGGUUCCUUCUCCGCCUACUUCUGCAAUGGACAAUAGUAGUCGGUUCUCAAUGCAGUUGCCUAGGACAGAACCUAUUCAAUUGACACCAGUAAAAGAAUUAUCUGUUCCCCAUUCAUCUGGCGCGAAGCCUACUCCUCCUGUGGCGCAGACUGCAGCUUCUGCUACUGUUUUUCCUGGGCCUUCUGUGCAUGAUGUGAAAAUAAUAACUGCAUCAGCCAGUCAACCUUCUGUUGAUCCCAAGCCAAGAAAAAGGAAAAAGAAUAAUGAGAAUUCUGGGCAGAUGUCAUUUCCAGCGCAGCCGCAAAUGGAGUUAGUUUCUGCCCCUACGGUUACUAAUUUUGUGUCGUCUUCAGUUCCUGUCACAUCUCCUGUUGGCUUUCUUCCUAAAGUCCCUACUGAGAGAUUCAUCUUAUCUGCAACUCCUACAUCCUCUUCUGAUCUCAGGAAUGGGGACCAGAGUUCAGAAUCAAAGCCAAUUUUAUCAGAGGAAUCCCUUGGGGAGGUAAAAGAGGCGAAGAUGCAGGCGGAGAUUGCUGCUGCUCAUGCUUCUUCUGCUGUUAGCCAUUGUCAGAUUAUCUGGGAUCAGUUAGAUAAGCAGAGAAAUUCUGGAUUGUUACCAGAUGUUGAACUCAAACUAGCUUCUGCUGCUGUUUCAGUAGCAGCAGCUGCUGCAGUUGCAAAAGCAGCUGCUGCAGCUGCCAAGGUUGCAUCAAAUGCUGCCUUACAGGCAAAACUGAUGGCUGAGGAAGCAUUUGUUUCUUUCGGUCAGAGCAACCUUUGUCAAAGUGAUGUCAUAUCUCUUUCUGAUGGCAUGCAGAAUUUGGGUAAGGCUACUCCUGCUUCCAUCUUGAAGGGUGGUGAUGGAACAAACAGUUCAAAUUCUAUCUUUGUUGCUGCAAGGGAAGCUGCUAGGAAGAGGGUUGAAGCUGCUUCAGCUGCAUCAAAACGAGCUGAGAAUAUGGAUGCCAUCGUUAAAGCUGCAGAGCUUGCUGCAGAAGCUGUGUCUCAAGCUGGGAAGAUAGUGGCUAUGGGUGAUCCUAUGCCUCUGAGUGAGUUAGUGGCAGCUGGACCUGAGGGUUGCUGGAAACUUGCACAAGGGGCUUCCGAGUUGGUUUCUAAGUUAAAUAAUGAUGGCAGAGAAAACAUGAAUAUAGGUACCGGUGAAGGUCCAGAUUCUUUGACCAGGAAGUCAAUAAAAGUUCCGACAGAUAAGAAUGAAAACACGACCAUUAGUCAUGGAAAAUCGCCCAUUCUUAGAGCGUUGUCCAAUGAGGACCAUGAUAGAUUGGUCGAUGGCAAUGCAUGUUCUAGUGCGAAUACUAUGAAGGAAAAAGGACAAAAAGGCCGAAGGACUUCUGAUUUGACCAGAAAUGUCGGGAUGGUUCCUGAACCUGGGAACCAAUCCAGAUCUUCCAUUGCUCAGGAUGAGUACGAAAAGGCAGAAAUUUCAAAAGAGGAUUGUAUAACAGAGGAUUCCAGUGUCGAGGUUUUCAAAGAUGGGAGUGGAUUCAAAGCAGCUUGGUUCUCAGCCAAGGUGUUGAGUUUACAAGAUGGGAAAGCACAUGUGAUUUACUCUGAUCUUACACUAAGUGGAGGCUCGGAAAAGCUUAGGGAGUGGGUGCCACUUGAACAUGAAGGAGAUGAGGCACCCAAAAUACGGAUUGCCCGCCCUUUAACUGUCAUGCCUUUUGAAGGAACAAGGAAGAGAAGAAGAGCUGCCAUGGGGGAGCAUACUUGGUCCAUUGGUGACAGAGUUGAUGCACGGAUACAAGAUAGCUGGUGGGAGGGAGUUAUAACUGAAAAGAGCAAGACAGAUGAGUCUGUGUUGGUUAAUUUUCCAGCUCAUGGAGAAACAUUACCAGUUAGUAAAUGGAACCUCAGGCCUUCUCUCAUCCGGAAAAAUGGGGAAUGGAUUGAAUGGUCCAGUGCAGGAGAGAGCAACCGACCUUCUCAUGAGGGUGAUACUCCAAAAGAGAAGCGACCAAGGGUGCGGAGCCCUGUAGUGGAAACCAAGGAAAAGGAUAAGAUUUCCAAAACUAUUAAUGCGACGGAAUCUGAUGACCCGACAUUAUUGUCCUUAACCGCUGAUGAAAAAUCAUUUAAUAUGGGGAAGAGCUCUAGAGAUGGGAAUAGGAAUGAUGCACUGAGAAUGACUCGGACAGGGUUGCAAAAGGAAGGCUCUAGAGUAGUCAUUGGUGUACCAAAGCCUGGAAAGAAGAGGAAAUUCAUGGAUGUUAGUAAGCAUUAUGUUGCAGAUGGAAGUGGUCAAAUCAAUGAAGCUAAUGAUUCAACCAAGUUUGCAAGGUACAUAAUGCCUCAAAAAGCAGGAACGCGGGGAUGGAAAAGUAGUUAUAAAGCCGAUCUGAAUGAAAAGCGAGCAGCCAUAUCUAAGCCUAGAAUUAAAUCUGGCAAACCACCAAAUAUGUCGGGUAGAACAGUUCCACAGAAGGAAAACCUAACAAGCACCUCAGUUUCUAUUCCUGACAAUAGAGAUCAUGUUGCAAAGGCCAAUGAUUCUGUAAAUCAUUCUGAAAAUUCUUCGGAAAAACAGAACUUAACCAGCUUUCAAUCGUUUUCUACGUCUGGGGCUACUGAGGGCCCAAUCGUAUUUUCUGCACAUGCUCUUCCAUCAGAUAGCAUAUCCUCUAAGAAAAUUAACGUUAAAGCUGAGAGGGUGAGUAAAGGGAGACUUGCUCCUGCUGGUUCGAAACUUGGUAAAAUUGAGGAAGGUAAAGCUUUUAAUAGUAAUUCUGGAAAAUCGACCUCUGAUCUCUCUGAGCCGCGUAGGUCUAUUCGCAGAAUUCAGCCAACAUCAAGACUAUUGGAAGGGCUGCAAAGCUCACUGAUGGUCUCAAAGAUUCCAUCCGUGUCGCAUGAAAAAGGACAUAAAAGUAGAACUGUCUCUAGAGGGAAUAAUCAUGGUUGAAUGAUCGUCCUAGAAGUGUAGCAUCCAUUUCAAAGAAAAAGCUCGAUGAUGGUCGGUGGAGAGACACUCAUAAGUAGUUUAUGUGUAUAUUUAUUAUAGUAAAAGAGAUGAGAUAGCUAGGAAAUGGAAAUUCUUGCUUCCUUGGGUUUAACUAUGAGGUGUAGUUGGUAGAUGUUCAUAUCAGUUUUAGUGUAUUCACAAUUGUGAUUUUAUUAUUAUCUUCUUAGGUCAUAUUUUGAAAA